GACGCCGUUUUUGGUUCUGAGUUUAAAGGGAAAAAAAAAGGGUUUUCGACUAAAGAAUUCUUCUUCAUCUUCUGAUUCUCGCCGGCACUUCACCGUUUCCGCCACAAAAGAAAAAAAAAACAAUGGAGGAAGUAGUGUUAGUAACAGAGCCACCACCCACGAUUCCUCCGGUAGUAGAAUACGAAGAAGAGCAUGACGAUGACGACGACGACGAUCUCUCUCUUUCAUCGGAUUCCGAUAUCGCUGAAGCUCUUGAUUGGCUCGACGGAAAAGACGAUGACGAGCUAAUAGGUGGUGGCUUUUCCCUCCAUGCUCGUCGUCCUAAUGCUCACGGUGGACAUGGUUCACGUCCUAACUCUAGUUCUCUUCAACCUAUAUCAAAUAAAGCCCAGAAGCUUACUAGUCAUGUUCGUGCUUCUCCUUUAGAGGGAUGGGAAGGAAGAGUUAAAGUUGGGAUGUCGAAUUCUGUGACAACUGCGAUUCGUGGAAGUCUUAGAGAUACAGAAAUUGGGAGAAGUAGGAAUACUGAUAAAGCUGACCGGGCAACAGUUGAACAGGCUCUUGAUCCAAGGACUCGUAUGGUUUUGUUUAGAAUGCUUAACCGGGGUGUGUUUAACGAUGUUAAUGGAUGUAUUUCGACAGGCAAAGAAGCUAAUGUUUAUCAUGCCACAAAAUCUGACGGUUCGGAACUUGCAAUAAAAGUGUACAAGACAUCUGUUCUGGUUUUUAAGGAUCGAGAUCGAUAUGUACAAGGAGAUUACCGUUUUAGAUAUGGCUACUGUCGUCACAAUCCCCGGAAGAUGGUGAAGACAUGGGCUGAAAAAGAACAGAGAAAUCUUAAGAGGCUUCAUGCAGCUGGAAUUAGGUGUCCAGCUGUUAUACUUCUUCGCCUUCAUGUGCUAGUCAUGGAGUUUAUAGGGAGGGAUGGUUGGGCUGCACCGCGUCUCAAGGAUGCUGCAUUAUCUCUAGACAAGUUGCGCGAGUGCUACCUAGAGUUGAUAAUUCAAAUGCGAGUAUUAUAUCAGAAGUGCAAAUUGGUGCAUGGAGAUCUCAGUGAGUAUAACAUACUUUAUUUUGAGGGGCACCUUUACAUAAUUGAUGUUUCUCAAUCUGUGGAUCUGGACCAUCCUCUUGCACUCAACUUUCUACGGGAAGAUUGUGACCAUGUCUCGGAUUUUUUCAAAAAACAUGGUGUGGCUGUCAUGACAAUACGGGAGCUAUUUGACUUCAUAGUUGACCCGGCAAUUACAGACGAAAAUGUUGAUAGCUAUUUGGAAGAGGUCCAACGAAAAGUUAUAGAGCGAGGAGAGAUAUCCGUAGAGGAUGAAAUCGCGGAUUCAGUAUUCAUGAAGUCAUACAUACCGAAAUCUCUGGAUGCUGUGAACAACCCUGAGGCUGACGUGGCUAAGAUAACAAGCGGGCAGGACACAGGAGACAUGCUAUACCAAACGAUAACGGGGCUUAAGGAUGCUCUUCCUAAAAUAGAAGAGCAGAAAAUAGAGGUGAAUGAUGAAGAGAAAGAAGAGGAAGGAGAGGAAGAAGAAGACGGAGAAAGUGAAGAAGGAAGUGAGGAAGAAGAGAGUGAAGAAGAAUUGGGUCAUGAAGACAAGAAAGCUGCAAGGAAAGAGCACAAGAAGAAAGUGAAAGAGGAGAAACGAGAGUCUAGGAAGACGAAGACACCCAAAUCUGUCAAGAAGCGAAAGAAGAAAGUCUCUAAACCACACAAGACUCGUUAAUCCGAGUUAGAAGUUUUGACACCCCAACUUGUAUUUUUAUUUAUAUUUUGAAAUUUUGUGUCAAAUUCUGGGAAAUCGAGUAUGGACCCAAAGCUCUCUAUAUUUCCAAAAAUAGCAAGUUCUUGUAAUAUUCAUAGUAUGACUUUAUUAUAGAGCCCGAAAUUGGUUUGCUGCUGUUUCAAGAAUAGGAUUCAAAUUUCUGUUCCUUUCCUCACAUCCCUAACCAACUUGACAAUUCGAAUAAUGGUUGUGUCUAAAUUUAUCAACUCAAGUUUUGAGAUUGUUGGCUUAUAGUAUGA